CACUGAAGUAACCUGCUCUAAACAAGGCCAGGGGAAGUUACAGAUACAGGAAAUACAUCGGAUACACCAAAAGAGGAAGGAAUUUCAUUUAUAAUCAAGUUGAGCCCAGCGGGGGGCGCUAGCUGCAGCCAUGUUGCGUCAGCCUGAGGGCUCCAGCACUCUGCAGCUGGUGGCCAGUGACAUGACGGAGAUCAUGGAGAGACUGGACACACGUGAACUGGACCUGGGCGACGGAGAGUACGACUCCAUCGACGCAGCUGAGCACCUCCCGUUCACAGCGGUGUAUCACACUGUGGGCUUUAAGGAGCCAGAAGCCAAAGUGUUUCUGACUCCACCCAUCACGGCCAAGAUCCUGGAUGUGGAACGGUUCACCUCAGCUCAAGACCGCUUCAAUGUGACCACACAGAGGAGCGUCAGCAAGUCGAUGCCGGCAGUGUAUAAGAUUGAGCUGAAACAUGGAGAGUUCACAUGGACCAUCAAAAAGAAAGAGAAGCACUUUAUCGACCUGCACCGAGAUCUGCGCACGUACAAGACGUUCAUGAGGAUCCCACUGCCUCGGAGUCACACAGUAAAAACUCCAGUGGAUGAGGUGAGGGAGAUGCCCGAGCUGCCCCGAGGAGGAGAAGAGCUGGAGAGAGAGGGGCAAGUCUCCAGUCGACGGAGACAACUGGAGGAUUACUUGAACAAACUGCUGAAGAUGUCCAUGUACAGAAACUACCACGUCACAAUGGAGUUUAUUGAAGUGAGCCAGCUUUCAUUCAUCCACGAUCUUGGACCCAAAGGCCUUGAAGGCAUGGUGCUGAAGAGAUCUGGAGGACAUCGAAUCCCAGGACUGAAUUGUUGUGGUCACAGCAAAAUCUGUUACCACUGGUCCAAACGGUGGUUGGUGGUUAAAGACUCAUUCCUGCUCUACAUGAAGCCUGAUUCUGGAGCGAUCUCAUUUGUGAUGCUCGUCGACAAAGAGUUCAACAUCAAAAUGGACUCCAAAGACACAGAGACCAGACACGGGAUCCGCAUCGACAGCCUCUCCAGGAGCCUGGUGCUGAAGUGCAGUAGUUACCGUCACGCUCGCUGGUGGGGUCAGUCCAUUGAAGGAUUUGUCAAAAAAUAUGGAGCUGCUUUUCUCACAGAUCACAGGUUUGGAUCGUUCGCUCGACAAGAGGAAAACAUCCCAGCCAAAUGGUAUGUGAAUGGUAAAACAUACAUGGAGGAUGUUGCAGACGCCAUGGAGGAGGCCAAAGAGGAGAUCUUCAUCACAGACUGGUGGUUGAGUCCAGAGAUUUUCCUGAAGAGGCCUGUUGUCGAGGGCAACCGUUGGCGCCUGGAUUGUAUCCUCAGACGGAAAGCUCAACAAGGAGUGAAGAUCUUCGUGAUGCUGUACAAAGAGGUGGAGUUGGCUCUGGGCAUAAACUCUGAGUACAGUAAAAGGACUCUAGUGAGGCUACAUCCAAACAUCAAGGUAAUCAGACACCCAGACCACGUCUCCUCUGCUGUGUACCUGUGGGCCCAUCAUGAGAAGAUCAUUGUGAUAGACCAGUCUGUGGCGUUCGUGGGGGGCAUCGAUUUGGCGUACGGGCGCUGGGACGACAUCGAGCACAGACUCACUGAUGUGGGCAGCGUCACCCUCUCACACAUAGACCAGGCUGCAGCGGCGAGUACUCUUUCCUCCACAGGGGGCGCUACAGCUCAGACUAACGGUAAAGGCAUCUUCACAGUGGACUCUGCAGACCAGCCCAAACUGAAGGGGCAGGGCAGGCACAAGAGGUCCCGGUUCAGCAUCAAACGACAUCUACAGAAACAUGGAUUCACUCACAGAAACAGUGACAGUGACAGCGACAGCGACCCAGAGCCAGAGAGGAGUAACUCGGUGCGGAGUCUUCAGACAGGAGUGGGAGAGCUCUUUGGAAAUGCCAGAUUUUGGCAUGGCAAGGAUUACUGCAACUUUGUCUACAAGGACUGGAUCCAACUGGACAAGCCUUUUGACGACUUCAUUGACAGACACACGACUCCCAGAAUGCCGUGGCACGACAUCGCAUCAGUGGUUCAUGGGAAAGCAGCACGAGAUGUGGCCCGGCAUUUUAUUCAGCGCUGGAACUUCACAAAGUUGGUGAAAUCUAAGUACCGUUCUCAGGCAUACCCAUGUCUGCUCCCAAAGUCCCACAGGACGGCCGGAGAGCUGCGCUACCAGGUCCCCAACUGUGUCAACGCUAAAGUACAGAUCCUGCGGUCGGCUGCAGACUGGUCGGCCGGGAUCAAAUAUCAUGAAGAGUCCAUCCACAACGCUUACGUCCACGCCAUUCAGAACAGUCAGCACUUCAUCUACAUCGAGAACCAGUUCUUCAUCAGCUGUGCAGACAACAGACACGUGUUCAACAAAAUCGGAGACACCAUCGCCGAGCGCAUCAUCCAAGCUUACAGGGAAAAGAAAAAAUACCGUGUUUACAUUGUGACUCCUCUACUUCCUGGAUUUGAGGGUGACAUCAGCACCGGAGGAGGAAGUGCAAUCCAGGCCAUCAUGCACUUCAACUACAGGACGAUGAACAGAGGAGACCACUCUAUCAUUUCACAGCUGAGGAGAGAGAUGGGCGAUAAUUGGAUGAACUACAUCUCGAUCGCGGGGCUCCGGACUCAUGCUGACCUCGAGGGAAAACUGGUGACGGAGCUCAUUUAUGUUCACAGCAAAAUGCUCAUCGCCGACGACAACACAGUCAUCAUCGGUUCUGCGAACAUAAAUGAUAGGAGCAUGCUGGGUAAAAGGGACAGUGAAGUGGCUGUGAUUGUGGAGGACUCCGAGAUGAUGGAUUCUUUGAUGGAUGGACAACCGUAUAAGGCCGGGAAGUACGCCUUGAGUCUCAGACUGGAGUGCUUCAGGAUGAUUCUUGGAGCAAACAAUGAUCCGUCCAUAGACGUCUCAGACCCGCUCAGUGACACGUUUUAUAAAGAGGUUUGGAUGUCCAUCUGCGCCCGCAAUGCCACCAUCUACCAGAAGGUUUUCCGCUGCCUGCCGUCCAGUGAUGUCCGCAACAUCACGGAGCUCGAGAGCUAUCUGUCCAAACCCGGCCUGGACAAAGAGGACCCAGCCCGAGCCCGCGAGGAGCUGAAGAAGAUACGAGGGUUUGCGGUUCAAUUCCCAAUGCAGUUUCUGGCUGAACAGAACCUCCUCCCUCCCAUCGGCUCCAAGGAAGCCAUGGUACCAAUGGAGGUCUGGACCUGAGCGAAAGAAAAGACAAGAGAUUCAGACAAUGUGGCGCCAUCUGGAGGAGGAAGGGUGGAAGUGUAUGUCCAAAAACCUCAGUGGCAAAUUGUGUUACAAAUUAACAACAAUAAUAAUGCAUUGGUCUUAUAUAGCGCUUUUCCAGAUGCUUAAAGGCAUGUCACAAUUUUGUGCAUUAUUCAUUCACUCCAGACUCAGUGAUGGUAAGCUAUAGUGGUUACAGCUGCCCUGGGGCAGACUGACAGAAGCGAGGCUGCUAAACUACACCACCGCCCCCUAAUUUAAGUAGUGAGCUCUCUAGUCUUUAUUGUUGUAUUAUGAAAAAUGGUUGCCUUAAUAUGACAACACAACAUUCUGAAUUUAUUUUUCACAAUAGCUUCAGAAAGUGGUGCUAUUUACCAACCCGUGCUCAGUUUCUGUUCACUUAUCUCCUCGACUCCAUCAUCCCUCAACCCACUGAGGACCGAGGACCAAUCAGCUCACUCUUUUCAGUGGAUGUGAUUGACAGCUGAGGAAUCAAGGAGACAAGUGAACAGCAAUGGGACACAGCCAUGACUUUUUCACUGGAAUGAUCUCCAAGAUGGCGCCAUACCUGAGUAUUUGUUAAAGCCAAUAAACACUUGAGAUAUUUGAAAAGAAAAAAAGGGCAAAUGUAGGGGGCGCUGCAGAGUCAGCCUGAGAAUCUGUCAUCAAGAAACAAUGAAGGAAACACUAUGCAAUGUGGGUGCAGUGAACGCAGCCCCAUUUAAGAGACACUAAAGUGCAUUUGAAGCCUCAUUUCGACAAAGUGCCAAAGACAUUCCUCCUUCGUCUCACUGUGGAUUUAAGCCUGAAGUGGCCUGCUUAAGACUCACUCCAAACCAGUUUCUGUUUACACUGUGUUGCGUUUAGGGAUGGACCAAAUGUGGGAAAUUUAAGCUAUACUUCACUCAACACUCCUUGAUUUAAGUGUUUUUCUUUCAGUGGGAGCGCUCAUACUUGAACUCCACAUGAAAAUUGGGACUAGACCAGGACUAGACCAGGAUUGAGUCAGGACUAGACAAGGACUAGCCCAGGACCAAACUGGGACAAGAACAGGGCCAAAACAAGUCUACAUCAGGACUAAACCAGGCUCAAACCAGGACCAAAAAAGUGUGAACGCACCCACUCAA